UUCGUCUCGAGCGUUUUGCGUCUCAACCGAGGAAUAUGGUGCGAGCCUGGUACAUGGACAACAGCGAUGCCGACCAACGACUGGAGCAUCAUCGGCAGCCCGCGGAGUUCGUGUCGCUGGAGGAGCUGUUCGGCAAAACAGGCGUGGAGUACUUUGAGAUAGAUCAUCUAAAUUACGAGAAGGAUGUUACUUUAACAAAAUUACGACAGGACCGUUCUUACACGUAUGAAGACGAGAUAACGUGCUCCAAAGAGUGCUUACAAAAUUAUGAGGAAAAGCUGAAAAACUUCUACACCGAGCACCUUCACACUGACGAGGAAAUCCGUCUAGUUCUGGACGGAUCGGGUUAUUUCGACGUGCGGGAUAAAGAGGAUCAAUGGAUUCGGAUCGAAGUGAAGGCCGGCGACUUGAUAAUUAUACCGAGUGGAAUCUACCACCGUUUUACUCUGGAUUCUAACAAUUACGUAAAGGCGAAAAGAUAUUUCGUGGGAGAGCCGGUUUGGCUGCCGUACAACAGACCGGCCGAUGACAUGGAGUGCCGGAAAAUAUAUCUCGUACGACUUGAAAAGGGCUUCGAAGUGCCUCCCGUUUGAAAUGAACUACAUGCCAACACAUCGGACUUCCGUGAAAGAUAUCGAGUCGAAGAAGUAAGUCCGUUGUGUGUGUAGAGAUAUUUAGAAAAAGAUAACUAUUCUCUAUUUACAGCUUGGAAGUUACUCACGAUUCAACUAGACACUCUUGACAUGCUAUUCUUCCAUACGAAUAUUUUCAUACGAUUUUUGAAUAUUCAUAUAUUCAGUUUUAUAUCAUAUAUAAGGUAGCUGUAGCAAAAUUUGAAGCAGCUGUAUACACAAAUUUUUGUAAUGUAUAUUUGAAUAAACCAGAGAAAAAUGC